AUGGCUGGCGUCGCGCCGCCGGCGGGGAGCAGCGCGAUUCCCGACCUGAACGAGCCUUUCAUGGAGGAAGAUGUACACACCGCUAGGGCAAAUAUUCCCACCGACAUGGUGGUCGACGUAGAUGCCGCUAGGGCAAAAAUUCCCGCCGACCCGACCAUCCCCCUACCGCCAGGGACGAAAGGGGCUCCCGAACCCGAGCCGGACCGGUACUCGCCGCGUUCGGACACGGAGCAGCCGCCGCCAAUUGGACCAUUUCCAGAAAACGACUACAUGUAUCUGAGCGUAGAGGACUUGUUGGCAGCCGACGAGAAAGAUGACGCCUUCCUGCAAAACAUUCCGCGCGACGAUUUUGCGGAAGCCGCCUUCGACAUCAACAAAGAGCUCGCCAAGAAGAACAGAUUGCUAAGGAUGAUGUGGGGUUUCCGGCAUCUCGACACGCUGGAGGCGAGAACGACCCGGAUUCAGUACCUGCGGGCGCUGCUCGACUUCAGGAGAUGGUGCUGCGCGAACCUUCCAAGACAGCAAACCGCCAGAGUCAAGGGGGACGGCGUGCUGGAACACGAGGACGAGAUAGGGAGGUACAUCGACGAAGACAUGGGUGAUCAGUGGCACACCGCCAAGGGCGACCUACAAUGGAUGCACGGUCCCCGCGUCAAUGCCACGCGGAUCAGGGCGUACAUUCUGUCAAUCGCGAGGCAGCAUGGUAUUGCCAAGGCCGAGGAGCUCGAGGAGCUGAAUCCCAACGUCCGUGUCCAGCCCCUGAAGCCGACAACCGUUUCGAUGCUGCUCAUCCGCAUCAAAGCGCUCCAGACAGCCUGCAAGGUCGAGGGGACGCUCUUCGGGGUGAAGGAGCUCCACAUCAUGUACGACAUCUCCGAGGUCCGCUCGGAGGUGCGCGCGAUGGUCAGAGAGAAGUGGCACAGGGACGACAGGGAUUGCGUCGACCGGCACCGCGGAACGCUCGGCGACACGUACACCACCGACCAGAUCCGCCACCUCAUGUUCAAGGUCUUGCCGACUUGGAUAGCUCGGGCGUACGAACCCAAGGCGGCCACCCCCUCCCAGACACUGUGGAAGUUUCUGCUGAUGAAGACGAUGACCCUCUUGGGUCACCACACCCUUCUCCGCGGAGGCAGUCUCCGAGCGAUCGAGCUCCCCGACCUGUUUUUGUACAGAAUGGGGAGCGCGUUGCCAGAGCACUCCACGCGACGGCCGGUUGUCAUGGUCGUCGCGUCACGAAACUCCAAGACGAACAAGGAUGCUCGUCUGCAUCACAGCUACGCGGCGAGACACCUGGAGCAAGAGAUGUGCGCCGUCGGUCACACACUGUUGUGGCUGCACUUCGUGUACGACCAGCUGAGCCACUCGCCCACCUCUCGAUGUGUGCCACCCCUCGACUUCACAACUCCGUACAGCUGGUAUCACAAGCACCUCUUUCAUGCUCGGAACGACAAGGCACAAAAAGAGCUGCCGGCAUCAUCUCAUUCUCGGAUCACGAAAGAGAUGUGGCGGACGAACAAGAUCUUCAUCACGCGCAACACCCACGCCGCCCGGGCGGGUGGGGCACAGGAGCUGGCCAGCGACGACGUUCCGCGAUCUGACAUCGCCGACUUGGGCCACUGGGCGCUCGACAAGCUCGCGAAGAGCUACAUCACGACCAUCCCGAAGGCGGCGGUGUUGAGAAAGGCAGGCUACACGGGCAAGCGCGACGACUACCACCUCGGCCGGAGCAUGGUGAAGCCCGACGACAAGGUGGUGGCCCUCAUUGCCCAGCACAUCUUUCCGUGGGCGGAAGCGGAACUGGCCAAGAGUUCCAAGCUCUGCCGCGACCCCGACUUCCAGAAAUGGGCCAAGGACGUCAACCGGGUGGACCUCGAAACCAUCGCGACGCGCAGUACUCCGAGCGAGAACCCCCAAGAGGAAUUCAGCGCGCGAGUUGACGCCGAAUAUCAGGUCGACCAGCUCACCAUGAUGCUGCACCGCCAGAGGGAGGAUGCCGCGAUCGAGAAGCUUGAAAUGCAGAAGAAUUUGGAGGAGAAGGACGCGGAGAUCGCGAAGCGGAUCAUGGAAGCGGUGCACGACUUGCGGCGGAGCGACGACGCCGCUGACACCGCCGCCGUCAUCAAGCUACUCGACCACCUGGGGCGAACGGGGCUUUCCACUUUCAGCGACGCGCUCUUGGUCCUCCGUGCAACCCCGCCCAUCAAGGUCCCCACCACAGCCGACGGAAAGUCGGUCGGCAUCAAGGGUGUGGACAAGCCGCUGGCGAGGAAGCUCGCCGUUGCGUGGGGCGUGGUCACGGCGGGCUACAUGGACGCUGACUGGGGAAAGAGGCUCUUUGGCGACUUGUGGGAUGAGCAGGCCAAUAGGGCCGGCUUGGAGGCCGAGGCGACGGCGGGAGCCAUCGGCGCAGGGAAGCGCAAGAGGGCGGGCUGA